AUGAGUUCACGAUUUAAUCCGGUUGCCCUGCUAACCAGACGUAGAUCAAAAUCCAAAUCCAAAUCGCAAAGUGAAUCCUCCACUGCGGCCGGAGUGACAACCCCGACGGGAAGUAGGCCCAGUCCACCGGAGUCCCAACAACCACUGGAGCCACGGGUGACCAGUAAACCAGCCAGAACAUCUGCUCCAAGUGAUACACCAUCCUCGCCGAAGGUCCGAUUUCGUGUCUUUGCCAGUCUCCGGCGUGCUCGAAGCCCUAGACGUCGCUCAGAAAAAGAAGCGUGCGAGACCACACGAGCAAUCUCAGUCCCACCUAAGAUUCGAACUGGCGAACAAACAGUACCAAUCGAUGUGCCUAUUCCACCGUCCAUACAGAAGCUGAACGAUGAGAUACAAUCAAACGAGUCUGCUGCUCCUUUGGCUCAACAUGAUUGUUUUGAACUUACCGAUGUAUCUGACGCGGAACAUGAAGAUCUUCAGUCCAAGCGUCAACGUCUUACAACGGAACAAUCAAACUCCAUUGACUCGAAGGCAUCUGCUACACACAGAAUAGAAUCCGCUCACAUCAGUUCAUCCACGGAGACUUUGGAUAGCAGAGAGAACAAACAUCCAGCAUCAUCAUUCAGUAAAGAAGAACAACAGCAACAGCAGCAGCAACAACGACAACAACAUGUGCAGCAAAACGAACCAGUAUCAUUGUCCAGAUCUUCGACACAAAGUUUAGAUGAGGAAAACGCUGCUGCAAGAACCUCUACUGAUACAGAAGAUGAUAUGGAAGAUGAAGACACUUGGCAAACAGAAAGAUUAAAUCGAAGCGACACAGUAGACUCCGUCGAAGAUUCCAGUGUAACUAAACUGUCUGUUGAAUACGAAACGGAAUAUCCCGUAUGUGAAAAUACUGAUAGCACACUAUCACCCCCUCAGAGCCCGUUGGGCAAAGAUUGGGCUGAUUUACCCGAUGAUGGGCAACGCAAUAGUUCAGAUACGGAUGACGCUUACGAUGUUGGCGGACGUGUGUCGAACGGAAGUCCCUCUUUAAGUAAUAAAUCGUUUGAGGACGAGGAAGUUCAAGGGGAUGGAACUGUAAUCCAUUCAGAGACGGAACCCACAACGGAACCAUCUUACCCGUAUGGAUACGAUCAAACGGUACGCGGUGGUCCACCAGAGACAGGUAAAUGUGACGUUCAGGUCAAUGUGAUACCCGCCGAUUCCGAAUCGGACCAGUAUCCGGACGAGGAAAGCGCACAACCACAAGUUGAUGAGACAAUCAAAACCGACUAUGAACAGGACCAGACAGUGACCACAGAUCAAGACGAAUAUAUGGAACCGCAAUUCGAAGUGGAACCCGAUCCGGAACAGGAUCCAUUCUAUGCGGCUGAGUUGGCUGCCACUGAAUUGGACAAUCAAGACGGCGUCCUUUCUGCUCCAUCUAUCAUUGUCACAUCCGCUUCGACUGGGAGCUUGCAUUUAAUAGCCGAAUCCGAACCACCUCCACCAACCCCAGAACGUCCUCCUCCACCGGUUGCAGUUGCACAGCCCAGCCCUCCAUCCGGAUCCGAAGAUACAGCCCCUAAAAGACCUCCACCUCCGCCAGUAGGUCCUCCAUCCACAACCGGACCACCGCCACCGAGGCCACCACCAUCAAGACCACCAGGUUCGCCAGCUCAAGAACAAACACCACAACAUCAGAAGAAAAAGAAGCUGUUUGGAGUUGUGGAUUUGGGUAAGUCUUUGUUCUGA